AUGGCCGGGUCACGGCGGAUCCAACAAAUGGUCCGCCUGGCCCAGAGGUUUAUGGCCACUCGUCUCGCCCCGGCCUACAGGACCACGUCGCAUGCGGCCGCCACGGCCCUGGCAGGGAUCCCCCCGGUGGAGCUCCGCCGGGGAAACAACAACGGAAUAGGAUUUGCCAGGGCCAUAGCCCUCGCUAGGGAGCAGGACCGUCAACGCCUCCUCCGCCGCUGGAAGAUACAGCUGGAGGAGGCGACGGGCCGCUCCGGGAAGAGGGUCGCCGAUGUCAUCCAGCCCUGCCUACAGGAGUGGGUAGGCAGCGCACAUGGAGAUCUCACGUUCCGGACGAUCCAGGUGCUCACCGGCCAUGGCUGCUUCGGUGAGUACCUGCAAAGGGUCGUCCGGAAAAAGUGCACCAGCCACUGCCACCACUGCGGUGCGGCUGAGGAUACGGCGGAGCACAUGUUAGGCGAAUACCCGGCGUGGGAGGGACGGCGCCGUGUCCUCACAAACGUGGUGGGAGCGGACCUCUCGCUCCCGGCUCUCAUUAGGGCCAUGUUAGGGGGAGGAGAAACCUAG